UUAUAAGUAAUUUUCUUGAUUAGUAUGAUACUUCUUAAAAAAGUACUCAUAAGAAACUUAUAGGCUUAGCCAAAGAAAAAACAUGCUUCUCUUUCACUUCCCCCUAACCCCAAACAAACCAACCAACUAUUCCUUUAUUUGCUACCAAUACCAUCUUCUCUUCUUUUCCAUCCCUCCAAUCUUUACUACUCAGAACUUUUUGAUUUUCAUGGAAUUAUAAUUUUAUUUUUCCUUAAUCACAUUUUUUUGUGGGUUUCAUAUAUCUUCUGCUGUUUCUUAAUUUGAAGCAGAAUUGAAAUUUUAUUGGAAAAGCCUGCCUUUUAGCUUUUUCUUGAUACCAAGGUUCAAAGACAGGGAAAACGACCCCAAUAUACGGGAGACAAUAAAACAGUUUUAAUCAGGUGAAUCGCAAAACAUGUAUGAAGGAAGUGGUUGUUUUGAUCCCAGCAAUAUGCAGCAGCAAGAAGGUUUGAUUCAAGCUGAGGAUGGUUUUUCACAAACCCAUAUACCAAACUGCAGCAACCCAAGUUUUUCCAUGGAGGAACACUCGAAUUACCCUCUAAAUCACCCCAUUCAACAAGAUGUUGCUGCUGCAGUCUUGGAGAUGGAGCUUCAACAGCAAAUAAUACAGCAAGGGGAGACUCAUUUGAUGCAGGAAAUUUUGCAUGAUUCAAACUGGCAAGAUAUGAGUAAUUUUAAUGGAAAUAUGAAUCAGUAUUCAUUGCCAGAAACUCCAUAUACCACUACACCUGAUUUGCUCAAUAUGUUUUCUUUGCCUAGAUGCUCACCAUCCACAGCCUCUUUGCUUCCUAAUUCAUCUCUUUCCUUUCCAAACUCAGCCCAUAAAUCCCCCAAUUUUUUGGCUUCCGUUGGCCUCUUAGGGGAUCUUAAUCCAGUCGAUGGCGCAUCAGCCUCAGCAAGUGUUAUAUAUGAUCCUUUAUUGCCUUUGAAUCUUCCACCACAGCCCCCUUUACUGAGGGAUUUGUUACACUCUUUACCUCAUGGAGGUUAUGCAACGGGAGGUUCAAGGACUAGUGGAUCCUUGUUCCCUGGGAUGGUGGAUGAGAGAGAUGUGAAUGGUGGUGAUGGGAGGCAUUUUGAUAAUGGGGUUUUUGUCUUUAAUGGUGAUAUGGAUUGUAUUGGUAAAAAUAAGAAUGGAAAGGAUACUAAACAUUUUGCUACUGAGAGGGGUAGGAGAGUUCUUCUCAAUGACAAAUUCAAGGCUUUGAGGAGCUUGGUUCCCAACCCCAUCAAGAAUGAUAGAGCCUCGAUUGUUGGAGAUGCUAUCGACUACAUAAAUGAGCUUAAGAGGACAGUGAAUGAGCUAAAUGUGCUGGUGGAGAAGAAGAGAUGCAGUAAGGAGAGGCUGAAAAGGACCAAAAGAGAAGGUGACACAAUGGAGGGGAAUAUUGACACAAAGUCUUUAGAUGACAUGGGACAGCCUUAUAAUGGCUCAUCCUUAAGAAGCUCAUGGCUCCACAGGAAAUCGAAUAACACCGAGGUGGAUGUGCGCAUUGUGGACGAUGAAGUUACUGUCAAGCUUGUUCAACAGAAGAGAACCAAUUGCUUACUUCUUGUAUCAAAGGUUCUUGAGGAGCUUCAGCUUGAUCUUAACCAUGUUGCUGGAGGCCUAAUUGGGGAUUACUAUAGCUUUUUGUUCAACUCUAAGAUCUGUGAAGGUUCGAUUGUAUAUGCGAGUGCGAUAGCAAACAAGCUUAUCGAAGUUGUGGACAAGCAGUAUGCAGCAAUUCCACCAACUAAUAGCUAUUAGGCAUGUAUACAUGUAGGAGUCUUUUUUUUAUAAUAUAGCACUUUUUUAGUACUUAUUUUGAUCUAAA